AUGUUUGAGACGAAGCAGAUCAGAUUGGUACUGGACGGGAACGGAAUUAUUUUCAUGGGGUCAGAGGAAGUGUCGGGUUGGUGGUCAGUUCCAUGUCGAGUCCGUCCGUCCACGUCUGCUUCCAUGUUUGGGCACCCUCAGUUAAAGAGAGAAGCAGCUUACCCUUACCUUUGGCUUUCGCGGCAGCCCUUGUACCGCGUCUCGCAAAGACGUAAGCAGAGGUACUUUGGUCCCCGUUCUCAAUGGGCAAAUGGGGCCCCAACACUCGUCUACAAUUGCCCAGUAUCAGCAAGUCCACACACCCAGGAUGGGGCGUUUUUGGCUUUUGCCUUUGGGGACGCAGCGGGCGGCAUAGCGGGGGCAAGGUUGGCAACACACUAG